AUGGCGACACCUGAAGAUUUGUUUACGGAAUUGAAUAAGUUGAAAAAAGACUGUUUAAUUGACUUUUUAAUUAACAGAAAAGUUCCAACUAAUAUUGUUGUAAGUGAUUCAGUAAGAAGGUUGGUGGAAUGCAACGAAAAUAGUGAACUUGUUGACAAAUCACGUGAAAGUUCGAAUAUAACCUCAAAAGGUUUCAACGACGAUGUGCGUAUUUUGAAACUGGAAUACGAGCUUCAGUUGUCAAAAACAGAGCUAAAAUGUUCUAAAAAACUAAUGGUUGAAUAUGAACGUUCAAUAAAGAAUCAACAAAUAGUAAUUGAUAUGUUUAAAGACACUACUAAAAAUCAAAUAGUAUCCAGCGUUGCCACUGGACCCUCUUUUUCUCAAAAAUCGAAGAAAGAGGAAAAUAUUCAAGAUCAGAAAAAAAUUGUGAAAAACAAUAAAGAUGAAAAUUUAAAUCAGGAAGGUAUGCAGAAGAAAAUUGUUAGUGAUCAAGAUAAUUCAAAAAACACCACAAAAAUCGUUAUGGGUAGUGGUAAAACAUCUACUCAAAGCUUUUCAUUAGCAUUAAAGAGAGCAUGGUUAUAUAUUGGAAAGAUUGUUCUUGGAACAAAAGUAAAACAGAUCGAGGAACAUCUUAAGAAUACAUUUCCAGAAGAAAAUUUUAUAUUGGAAGAACUUUCAUGUCAUAAGGAGUCUUCAAGCAUGUCUUUUAAGCUUGGUGCAGAUAUUAAACUCCUGGAACAGUUGAACAAUCCGCAAUUAUGGCCGGAAGGAGUUAUAGUGAAAAGAUUUUUUUUCGUCUAA